AUGAAGGGAGGUCAUUCUCCCCCAAGGCCAGGAAGGAAUCUCGGCCACACCACGGCCUUGGCCCGCGUCGACGUUCCGGGACGAAGGAUUGUUGAUGGACAGCAGGAGGGAGAAAACCAUCUGGAUCAGGCCACGACGCCGAGAUAUGGCUCAACCAUGGUUCUGGAGAAACUACAAGGGGAAGGCCACUGGAGCAGAAAGGAGUGGAGAAAAAUGAAGAAGGCCAGGCUUUUAUAUUGGCGCUAG